CAUACUUUGUCCCCGGUAAUAAUUCAGGAGAUGUGGGCUCUCGAAUUUCCAGGCACAAACUAUUUUUUUCUAGGUAAAAUGUGGUGCUUUUUCAAGUGGAGAUAGUCUUUUUUUCCGGAAACUAUUAGGAAAGGGGCUAUUUCAAUUUUCUUGAUCAAGUCACAAUCCUAAUAUUUCCGGAAAAAAAACAUCUCCACAUGAAAAAAACACCACAAAUUACCCAGAAAAAAAUAGUUUGUGCCUAACCUAACCUAACCUAACCUAACCUAACCUAACCUAUCCUAACCUAACCUAACACUACUUACGUACUGCUUAACGGCAAACCAGCCCGAGGCCGUGGCACUGCUUCUGCGACAAUCAGUCAUGCGCGGUAUGUGAUAAAGGGAGGGUGUAUGUCUCUCGGGGUCCAGGAAUAAUUUUUUUUUUUAUGUAUUUAUUUUUUUUAUUUUUUAUGGUUUCCGGAAGUGAACAGGGUCUACACUAUAUACUGAUACAGAAAUAAUGCAGAAAACCGUGACCGCCUCAUCUGUGGCUCACCAAUGUAUAUCUUCGCCGCCCUGCCAAACAAACAGACGUCGCAGAGCCUUGCUGAGCUACCUUGGCGACAAAGCUGCUUGUGUGGAGGUCCUGACGGAAGAUGAAAGGAAGGGAAAAAGCCAAGAUAAAUACAAACAGGAAGAAGCGUUCGUCCCCUUUUCGGAGGCUCAAACACCUGUGUAUGUUAAUGCCUCAGCAGAAUGUUGUCGACUCACUUAUCCCUCGUUAUUCUGUUUCUGCCCCUCCUGGCGCUGCGGGGAGCCCACUGCCUCGACCCCGACGUCCAUGCAAGCCAAGAGUCAAUGCAAGAGACGAAACAUGAGAGACAGCAGGACGUGAAGGAGGCUGUGAAGGAAAAAUUUGCAGAAGAUGAAAUUAUGGAAGACUCCGUAGAGUAUUUCCAAGAUGGAGAUGAGGAGGGUGAGCUGACUGAGCGUGCAGACAGUACGAGGCAAGGGAGGGAGGGAUGGAAACUUGCAGACGGGAAGAAGGAAGCAAAGAACCGCAGAGUUAAAAAUAAGAGCACUGAGAGGAAAACCGCUGCGAGUCGUAGUGGCGGUGUUGAGAAAGGGAGCAAAGGGGAAAAAGGCUUCAAUAUUAUGGAUAUACUGAGACGCAAUGAAGACCCCAAGAUAACGAAGAAAAAGAAACCAGCAGGAAAGUCUGACAAGAACGGAAAAGGGAAGAGAAAAGGCCCACCGCGGCGGAAAGAAAAUAAGGAAAAAGUAAAGGUGGAUGAUGACGAUGUACCUAAAGGUAACCGAAGGAAAGGCAACGUCGGAGGCAAAUACAAGAAAAUAGGAGGCGGCAUGAUGGUACAAGACGAUAUCCAGAAUACCAUCGUGACUUCAAAGAACAACCCCGUAUUCUCCUUCUCAAACUACAUGCUCGCUGGCUGUGGACAGACCUACAUGGUGACCAAGUCUUCGAACUUCCUCUUUACUACUGACGGUGGAAAAUUCUCAAGAAACUGCCGCACAAAUUUCCAAAGCCCCAGACACACAACCAUCAAGUUCUACUGCCCCGUGUUCAGCCUCACCCAGAAGAAGUGCAAGAGGGAAAGUCUGCUGCUGAGUGAGAGCAGACAAAUCAAGUGGCAGUUCUGCAAGACUGACGUGGUGGACAUCAUGACCUACAGCAACUAUCUCAUGGUGCACCACAGGAGGAGGAGGCUGUCACGCAAGAAGUGUCCGGGGGCGUUCCUGUGUGAAGUGUCUCUCGGUCAUCAUUUUGAACCCAUCACUGAGAAGCCGCCCCCGCCGAAACCCACGACCCAUCCUCCAGGUCCGUAUCCUCCUCCGUCUACGACCGCUACGACGGUCCCAACUACAACUACCACAACCACGCAUCCUCCUCCACCACCGACGACGACUACAACCACAACCACGUAUCCUCCUCCACCACCAACGACGACUACAACAACCACAACCAGUACGACAACGGAGGCUACAAGUACGGUACCAUCUACCACCACCACAACAUCACCACCAUCAACAACGACGACAACCACCACCACCUCCACCACCACAACCUCACCACCACCACCAACAACAACGACGACAACCACCACCACAACCUCACCAUCACCACCACCAACAACGACGACAACCACCACCACAACCACCCCAUCAACAACAUCCCCAUCACCACCACCAACAACAACGACAAGGCCCACCACCAUUACACACCGGCCUCAUCCGCCAGGCCCUAUCUAUACUCCUCAGCCGCCAGGCCCUAUCUAUACUCCUCAGCCGCCUGCCCCUCCCGUUCAACCUAAACCUCCAGCACCUAUCGGACAAAGACCAAUAUGUUAUGGAUGCAGCCCCUUCAACAUUGCUGUUACCAGGAUCGUCGGUGGAGUAGAAGCGGGCAGGGGCGAGUUUCCAUUCCAGGUACGCCUCAACAUCGGUGGAACCAUGUGCUCAGGAAGUCUUAUUACAACCGACACUGUUCUCACCGCAGCUCACUGCUAUGGUAAUGGGUUCAGGCGAACUGAUGUGAUAGUUGGGGACCACGACAUGUACGAAAAUGAGCCAUACAGCCAGACAAUAAAAGCCAUCAAUGUCGUCACGCACGAGCGUUUUGACAGCUCAUCUAUGGACAAUGACAUCGCCCUCCUCUUUUUGGAGCGCCCCGUGCAGUUCAGUCAGUACAUUGCUCCCAUCUGUCUCUCCACUCGUGAUGACACCUUUGUAGAUGAGGUGGCAAUAUCAUCAGGCUGGGGCCAUACGCAUUAUGCGGGUCAAGUAUCUAACAAGCUGCAAAAGGUGGCAUUGGGUACCAUCACCAACGAGGAGUGUCAGAAGUUGUAUGCGUCGAAGUAUGACAUCACUGAAAAUAUGCUGUGCACCUACACAGAGGCAAAGGAUGCCUGCCAGGGCGACAGUGGUGGACCCCUGGUGAGGAAGACAAAAGAUGGCAAGUGGGUCCAGGUCGGCCUCACCAGCUUUGGCUACAGGUGUGCCUAUAAGGAUUCCCCAGGUGUCUUCUCCAAUGUAGCCAACUACGUGGAUUGGAUCCAACGGAAUUUGAGGGGCCUCCACUGCUAACUACCAUCUUUGUUAGUUUUUUCAAGACAUGUUAAAUGUGCAUGUUACUUUUCAUGUACUUUUGUGUUGUAUUUUUUUUAUCAUAAUAUAUGAAUUGGAGAGGGAGUACGAGUGAGCAGCACGGGCCAAGCCAAGAGUCAUAUAUCAGAGCAGCUAGGUACUAUACAGAAAGGUAUGCCUUUGCUAACAGGCUGGCACCAAGCACCAUGGCUCCUCAAGAAAGCCCAACAGCACUAUGGACUGCAAACAGGAAAAAAUAAUACAUAAUUUGUUUGAUAAUUAUUUUUUUAAUUACUUCAAUUUCCUCUUUCAUGGAUCAUGCAGUGUAAACUUGUAAAACGUUUGUUGCAUGAAAUGUUUUAGUUGGUGAAUUAUGAUUUGUUACCUCAUCAAAUACAUACAUGUUCCACAUAUCUUAAGAAACUACUAGUCUAUGCUUCCUUGGAGGCUGGGAAGCACAACAUUAGAAGCCUUUAUGUUGUACCUUACCACUUUAAUUUGUUUAAAUAUCUCCAAAAUUUGUAUCAAAAUUUUUAAAUAUAAUUUCACUCAUGUCAUGCUCAAAUACGUGAGUUCUACAUAUGAAUUACUUCCUGUUUUUUAGUGUAAUGUCAUCUAUCAAUACCAACCAACCUUCUUUUCUAUAGUAACUCUCCUAACUAUAUACUUCAAUAAAACUUUUUUGUCUUUAUAACUAAAUAAAGGUUUGUCUUUUGCUCCCUUAAUUUCUCUAACUGUAGUCAUUCCUAGGCCAACUUUCCAAUUGUUGUUUACUCCUGUUCUCCACUCAUUUGUACAAAGUUAAUCAUGUGUUCUAAUAUAGGCUACCCUAACUUGAUCCUCUGAUGUACUUAGGCCUUUAAUCACACCAUCAGUAAGAAUAUUCCUUAAAUAUUAAACUUUUUACUUCUCAAUAAGUAUGUCUGUACC